AUGUCGACGGGGGCACCGUCUCUGGGCGUGGAUUUCACACCACCCAAUGGACACAGUCAUAAUCAUAGUCAUGGUCGCAGUCGUGGCCAUCGAUCCAACCGCUGGGCGCAACCUCCGCCUUCCCUCUCACAGCCAGCUGAUGCCACCUUUCCUGAACAACCGGAGUCAAUCAAUGCUAUGAAUUCGACUUAUUCAUAUGGGGAUACACAUCAAAUAUCAGCCCACAGUCACCAUGCGCAUUCGCAUUCGCACUCGCACUCCAGUGGACACCACAAUCAUAACCAUAGUGUGUCAUCUCUUCACCACGAUGUGCUAGAUGACCACCAUUUGAAAGAUCCCAAUGGCGGUUAUGGAAUAUUAUCUACGGAUACCACUAUACAGGCAGACUAUAGUCCAGGGAAUAUCAACGAGAUUCUGACUAGUGCACUCAUCGUGCUGCCGUGGGUUACGCUUUCUUGGUACCAGAGACAAAAUGCCCAAAGCCAAAAUCUAUCUAGCGAAGGUAUACCUGGUACAACUGCGAGCAUUACUACCGGGCAAGUUAGUCAGAAGACCUGCCUUUUGACAGCGCUCACCCUCACCCUCUUCGGCUGUGGUCAAAUACUACGUAUCAACUACCAAAAGGCUGGCUCGUCCACGCUCUUGUCCGUUAAUUUCCCCAAACUAAAUGUGAAGAACGUCCAAACUUCACUUUUACAAAUUGUCUCAGUGGCACUGCCAAUAUUUGCAGCGCUCAAGGUCGGAAGUUUUUUGGUUGCAUUUGCGCUGCUUCUUGCGACGGCAUCGAGGGUCCCAGCAAUCAUCAAUAGAGCUUCGCACACUCAAGAGAAAUACGGUCGAAAGAUCCUAUCCAUUACCCUGUUAGUGGUGGUUAUUAUAUCGAGUUUCCUUGGGCUGAACCAUCCUUGGGACGUAUCUCCAGUCAUUGGAUAUGCCGCCCUAUUAGGAUCUGUGUUUAUUGCGCCUCCCCCAUUCCCCUCUCUCCGUCAUCAUAGACCUAUUCCUGAGCCUGGUCUUGUUGCUGCACAGAGCAAGACUUCACGUCUGAGUCACUCCUCCGCUGUGGUCACGACUGAUGCACCACUGGCCGUUAUAUCUGGGUCCUCCCUUGCACUCCUGAGCAUACUUCUCAACCGAGGACUUGUUUUCAGCAUCUGGGAACUGGUAUAUCUCCUUAUUCCGACGGGUAUAUUUGCUACUUCUCUUAUGAUUUUCCUGCCCUCCAGCCCCCGCUCUCCCAAAAAGGCCGGACUCGCCAUUUGCGCCGGAGCUGCAGCUUUUCUUUGUUCCCCACAUGUCCAGGAUGACUUGCUCAUGGUUUAUGCCACACGUGGUGUCUUGGCUACGGCUUCUUUCUUUGCCUCUCGAAGGGAUGACAUUCAUUUGCAUCUGGAUACGCAUGCGCAUAGCCACACGCACAUUCAUUCACAUUCACACACAACAUCAGAAUCCUCCCGAGUAUCAAAGUGGCUUCUUCAUAAAAGCGAACCAUACCCGUUGCUGCACAGCAUUCUCAAAGAGAAGGAUUCCCGUAGCAUCUUCUACUUCAUGUGCCUGAAUUUCACUUUUAUGCUUGUUCAAUUAUCAUAUGGGUUCCUAACUGGAUCAUUGGGACUGCUUAGUGACAGUAUUCACAUGUUUUUCGAUUGUCUUGCGCUUGUUGUUGGUUUAUGUGCCGCUGUCAUGAGCAAAUGGCCCCCGAACGCUCGAUUCCCAUACGGCUAUGGUAAAGUUGAUACUUUGUCAGGAUUUGCCAACGGGAUUUUCCUCAUGAUCAUCAGCGUUGAGAUCAUUUACGAAGCGGUGGAACGGCUCUCAUCGGGGAGUGAGGUGCAUCGUCUAGGCGAGUUACUGAUCGUCAGCAUUGCUGGCCUUGCAGUCAACUUGGUCGGAAUCUUUAGCUUCGAGCACGGUCAUGCUCACGGGCAUGAUCAUGGCCACGACCAUUCUCAUGGCAAUGAGAACAUGCACGGCAUCUUCUUGCACAUUCUUGCCGAUACGCUUGGUUCGGUGGCAGUCGUCAUUUCAACCAUUCUCGUGCAUUACUCCGGUUGGGCCGGCUACGACCCGUUGGCAUCAUGCUUCAUCGCCAUAUUGAUCUUCGCCUCCGCUGUUCCUCUAGUUAGCAGCACGGCUAAGACGCUGCUACUCACUAUGCCAGCCGACACCGAAUAUACUCUUAGGGAAACACUAGCGGGAGUUAGCACUUUGAGAGGCGUGGUUAGUUAUACAGUGCCCAAAUUCUGGCUUGAUGAUACAGGACCGGUAUCUUCCGGGCAUAGCCAUUCCCAUGACCAUUCCGAGCAUGGGGACUGUGAGAAUCACCAUGAUCAUAGCCACAGCCAACACCAUGGUCAUGAGCAGCACCACGAUCAUGACCACGAUCAUGCCCAUGACCAUGACCAUGACCACGAUCACGAUCACGAACAUGCGCAUGAGAAGAAGCCCCAGAAUAUUUUCGGUGUGAUCCACGUCGUCGCUUCCCGGGGUGCAGAUUUAGAAGACGUACGUCAACGGACCGUCGACUUCCUUCGAGAGAAAAACAUGGAUACUCUUGUCCAGGUUGAGCGUGACGGAGAUGCGCGCUGCUGGUGUAACGGUGGGAGUAAGGGCUUUUGA